AUGUGUGCCCCCGUCUUCCCCGAUCUCUUCGAACACGAAGAGGACAUCGACCAGGACGAAGCCAUUCGCACCGGCGAAGUCAUCAACCAAGCGACCCCGCCGCUACGGACGUGGAGGAAAGGCACUGCUCUACCUAUUUUCUACCGGCAUGGCCAUGAAAGUGAUGAGGAUUACAGUGAUACGGACUCAGACACCUUGAAUGACCUUGAGGAAGCAGAAACCGGCGAUAACCAUGUGGAUGCCGAAACCGGAGAUGGCCAGGGUGAAGGGCAGAGCCAACAUGAUGGUUAUCGAGAUGGCUCGACAGGAGGAGUGUAUCUCACCAGAUAUCCGGUGCAGGUUGUGGGGCUGACUUUUUCCGUGGGUGGUCGGGUGGUGUUUUUGCUUCAACUGAGAUGUGUUAGGUACGGCCGCGAUGAGGUUGAGGAUGAACCAAGGGAGGAAUGUGAAGAUGCUGAUGGACAAGAGGGAGAAUAUGAAGAUCAUGAAGAUGACGAAGGAGAUGAAGGAGAUGACGAAUAUGAAGAAGACGAAGAGGAAUACGGCGGCGGCGGCGGCGACGAUGACGACGGCGACGGCGACUACCCCAGUGACAGCGACUCUGACCACCAUCAACACCUAUAUGGGGAAGACGAAUAUGUGUGCAUCCUCCCCGACUGCCCCGAGAGACUUCUUAUCAUUCAAGAACGAUUAGAAACCCGCCGGGACUUCUUCCGGGACGCGAUGAUGAUAAUGCAUGGGAAAUAUGCGCACUUGUUGGAUGUGUCCGAGAUGGGGGACGAUGCGCAGGGAUAUUUUCCCACUGAAAAGCCGUGGGAGAGUGAAGAGGCGAGACUGGAGUGGGAAGGGUUCUUGAACCGGGUGCCCCAGUUGGUUUGCUGUGAUGCAGACAACAAUCUACCUUGCAGCAUAGACGAUAUCAAUGACUUCUACGCCCUACGGGCAUGGAUGUUGGAACUGCUGCCCUGGGUGGUUGAGUCACCCCCUUUGGCUAUAAGUAUCAGUCGCGAUUGGUGGCCACUCUGGAGGGCGAGAUGGUCUAGCCUGAGCUGGUUGGGUACAGAUACAGAGGAUGGGGACUACUCCAGCUUCUCCCGGUGUGCGACAGGCGCACUCGGGAAUGAGAGCAUGUCAUGCCUAUGGAUGUAUGAGGUUUUGUCUGGCGAGAGAGGACAGCGCAGCGAAGCAAUCCAGACGGUCAUCCUCAUGACAGAGCCCAGCAUGGCAGCCUCUCAGGCACCCGAGCUGAAAAAUAUCAUGAAGGAGAUGCGUGCUCUCCUCGACCGCCUCGAUGCUCUCGAGGACAUAAACACCACCAACGACGCCAAGGACGCUACUAUCCACGGCACCGACAGCGAGACCCUGAUUGACUACACCCAGCCAGUGAAAGAAAGAGGUCCCAGAGUCUCCUUGAACGAUGUCUUGGAGUGGUUCAACCUGAGGAGCGCGACCUACAACCACGAGCGGGCUACGGUCUUCACGCCGGAGAAAUUCCCAAAAAUGUUGUGGGAAAACAUGCGAGCGACCCGUGGGGUGGAGAAAAGCCAAAUCACACGGUCUAUGAUGGAGCUUCAGGUGGACCGGUUUAUUAUCCCGGCGCUCCUCCAAGCUUGCGGUAUCACCGGUACCGGCUUCAUCUUUGCGGACGAAGUCGCGCCGUCGAAGAGAAAGGAACAGCCACGGUUCUUCAGCGCGGCGGCCCCAGAGCCUGCUGAUACUGUUACUGUCGAACAAUCCGGACCCGCAGGCACCCAGAGGCUGCGUAUGUGCGCCACGCCCAUGCUUCAAAUGACCCACCUCGCCGACAAGGAGGAAACCAGUCCCUUUUUCUUAAUGACCGCCAGACCGGACCGGGGAGAGGCCGCGAAGGCCGACUUCACCAUGGCCCUGGCGAUUGCGGACCACAACAACAAGCUCAAGGGAAAGAACCGUAUCCUAUACGGCAUGCUGGUCGCCGCAGACAUUGUUACUUUUGCAGAAGUGUCUGAGGACGUCAUAUCCUACGGCCCUGAGGUCGAAUUUGCCAAGGAAGAGGACGUAGUCAGGGUCUGCAAGCACGUGGCCGAACUUCUUACCAGAGUUGCACUGCUUGGUACCUUGCUUAGCUCCUAG